AUGAAGAGUGUCGUUGCCACUCUUCUGGCUGCGGCCACCCUGGCUCAUGCCCAGGUUGCAACCGUCUCCUCACCUUCGCUCGCGGAUAUCAACAAGGCUGCUGCCACCACUCUUCCCGAGUCCCCCACCUCGGACGUCAAGGGCCUUGCCUUCAACCGUUUCUACCAGGUCUGGCUGGAGAACAUUGACUACGAGGAUGCGGCUGCCGAUGCCAACAUGCAGUGGUUGGCCACCCAGGGUAUCCUGCUAACCAACUUCUACGCCGUCACCCACCCAUCUGAGCCCAACUACUGCGCGGCUGGUGGUGGUGACACCUUUGGCAUGGACAAUGACGCAUUCAUCCAGAUUCCCAGCAAUGUCUCCACCGUUGCUGAUCUGCUUGACACCAAGAGCAUCUCCUGGGGCGAGUACCAGGAGCAUUCACCCUUCCCCGGCUUCCAGGGCUUCAACUUCUCCAACCAGAAGACUUUCAAGAACGACUAUGUUCGCAAGCACAACCCUCUGGUCCUCUUCGACUCCGUCGUCCAGAACGAGACCCGUGCUCGUCAGAUUAAGAACUUCACUGAUUUCGAGCAUGAUCUGACCGACAAGAAGCUUCCGCAGUGGGCUUUCAUCACCCCCAACAUGACCAACGAUGCUCAUGACACCAACAUCACCUUUGGUGCCAAGUGGGAGCGCAGCUGGAUGUCCACCCUGCUGACCAACGACUACUUCAUGAAUGACUCGCUCAUCCUUUUGACCUUCGAUGAGGAUGAUACCUAUAACAAGACCAACCGUGUUUUCAGCGUGCUCGUUGGUGGUGCUGUCCCUGACAACCUCAAGGGUACCAAGGACGACACCUUCUACACCCACUACUCGUCCAUUGCCUCCAUCAGUGCUAACUGGGGUCUGCCCUCUCUCGGCCGCAAAGCUCAGUGGGACUGCGGUGCCAACAUCUUCGAGAUCGUCGCCAACAAGACUGGCUACGUCAACUACGACGUUGACAUUACUAACCUGCGCCUCAACGAGACCUACCCCGGCCCCGAAUCGGCUGGCGAGAUCUCCAAGUUCUCUCCCAUCUGGCCCGUUCCCCUGACCGACGGCAAGUGCUCUGCUGGCAACGGUAUCUUGGACAUUGUCAAGAAGACCUAUGCCGGCCACGCUGCCACCUACAACUACACCAGCCCCUACCCCUGGGACACUAAGUCCGACUACAACACCAAGGUGACCAUUACCCGCAAGACUGCGAGCAACACCACCAGCACCACUUCGUCGGCUUCCAGCACUGCGUCCAAGGGCGCUGCUGCGGCUAUCACCAUCCCCGGUUCCACCGCCGUGACCGGUGCUCUGGUGGCUAUGUUUGCCUACCUGCUCUAA